AUGCCCGAGCGCCUCGGCCGACCUCGCGAACCGCUUCCGAAUCUGCGAGGUGAAGACGAAACGGAGAUUAGGUAUCUCAUCGACUUAAUCGAAACGCAAUCAUGGAUCCUCUCCCCCCUCAAACCCCCCUCCUGCAUCCUCGGCCGCCACCCCCCACCCAAAGCCUCCGCCUCCUCCACCUCCAAACCAAAAGCCGUCGAUCCCUCUUUCGCUUUCUGCGCCUCCCUCUACAGCAUCGAGCAAGGCGGAGUCAGGAGCUUGGAACUGGGACCUGAAAUGGGUGGGAGCAGGAAAGAGGCGCUGGAGCAUUUGUUGGGGGUUGUGGAGAUGGAGAUUGGAAGGAUGAUGCUGAAUGAUGAUAAUUAUCAGAAGAAGAAGGCGGCGAGGGACGGGGGUGGGAGUGUUGGGAGUGGGAGUGUGGGGAGGGGUGAGAGGGGAUGA